CGUUGUUUUUAAUUAUUUUAUUUUUUUCCAGACCCGAUGUUCUGGACACACUCAUUAUCUCAUUUAUACACACACACAUCCACACACACUUACACACACACACACACACACACACACACACACACACAUAGGGCUGCCGCUGCGGAUAUCAAAUUGACUGCUUGUCUAUUUUUGCUGAUGUAGUUCUGGUCGGGAGCUGAAGUUGAAGUCUCUGAAGGUGCGUGAGCUCCAAUGCAUUCACUCCUGCUUCGGGAGAAGAAAGAAGAAGAAGCCGGGCUUGGGAUUGAUCUGGGUCUGUCUGCGGGCUUCUUGCCCCAAGCUGCCAGGAUGUUCAGCUGUGUGGGCUGCUUCUGGGUGCUGCUCUCCUCCGCUCUGGUCGCCGUCUGCAGCUUCAGCUUCAUAUCUCCUGCCUGGAUUGUCAAGGACCAGCUGAGGAACAAUAACAAGGACUCUGUGAGCUUCGGCUUGCUGUGGCACUGCUCAGAGUCUCUGGAUCAUAUGUACAGAUGCUACACCUUCGGGGGACUGGGAAAAUUCGCCGAGAUCCCCUCCAGCUCGUGGCAGACCAGUGCAGUGCUGUGUUCAGGAGGAUGUGCUCUGCUGGCUGUCAGCUCCCUGUUGGCCAUCAUCACCAUCUUUCUGCCCAGUGGAGGAUGUGAGAGGCGGAUCUGCACCCUGGCUGGAUACAUGCAGAUGGCUGCAGUGUUCAUCAUGGGCUCUGGUCUGCUGGUGUAUCCCUUUGGCCUAAACUCCGCCCUGGUCAGGUCCUUCUGCGGGGACUCGGACAUCUACUACGCUGGCGAGUGCCAAAUCGGCUGGGGCUACAUGCUGGCUAUUGUAGGAGUCAUGCUCACUCUCUUCUUGCCCUUUUUUGCCAAAUACGCACCAAAGGAGCAGCUGUCCCCGACCCCUUUGCCCACUCUCUUAUAGUGCACUGAAUUGAUCCCUGGCAUUUCCUCCUCGACGACUCUUUCUAACCCAUGCUCGAUAUCAUGGAGAGACGCCUGCAUCCUGUUUUUAAAGGCGAUGCUGUUUGAGAAGCCCCUCUCAGUGAAAUUACUGAGCCUGACACUGAACAACAUACACUGUCUUCCUGCAUCUUUUAUCCGAUUAAUUCCAUUGAUUUGAAUGUUUUCUGUUUCCAUUCUACACUAUUUGUGGGUUUUACCCCCUUGAAUCCAUCAGUACUCUGAAUUUAUGAAUCUUUCCCACAAUUUGACAUCUUACAACACAUCAGUUCUGGAGAAGAUACAGUCAGAAGAUGCAAAGACGGAUGACAUCAACCUCAUUUCACAUGAUUCAAGCCAGUUAAUACAAACAUUCCUAUCACUGUUGCAAAGUUUAAACAUUGAAAAUUAAAAACGCUGAAACUACUUACUAAUUAUUGAAGUGUUUUGUGGGUAAUAAGAGGGGUCCACAUAUGUAACAUUCCAAAACAGACAGGAGUUGUCUGUGCAAGGAGAACGGGAACUUGGGAGGCAUGAGAUUAUGUGGCAGCGUGAACUAAUUGGCUCAGCAGAGACCGAUAGAGCCACUUGCGGAGGCCACAGAUUGAGGACAUUUAUGGAUCCAGACCCAUGCGCCUCAACUUUCAAGCAGUCGCAUCUAAUGACUUUGUAGUGUACUGUGGCGUCUGGACUGUAAAUAUAAUCAGGAUUUAACAGCAUUAAGGUUUGAGGUUGGAUAUAAAAUAACACUUUUAAAAGGUGAACUUUGGCAUUUUGAAGGAUUUUGGAUAUUCAGACCUUUCUCUCUUUCCAUCUGGAUUCCAGAAGAAGUGUUAGCAUUCAAAGGCACUGUGUCAUCAGAUACUAUGACAAAACAAAACAAAAAAAAAAGACCAUACACACAGCAUCUGGCCUGCCUAGAAGACCAUUGGAUACUUAUUUCUUCUCCUAACAGGGAAGUGAAUCAUAACAAAUAUGUUGGUUGUUAAAAGUAGAGGUUUCAGGGCAGUGUUGUAAUAAAUUUGAAGUUGGGAUACUGCAUCUUCUUUCUUAGUGUGAUAUGAUUCGCUUGUUAAACGUUGGCAGUUUUUCUUUUGGUAUCUAAACAUUCUAAUUCAGGACAAAACCGAAUCGAGCAAAACGCAGGGAGAUAUAAGAAUACCAUCAAAAAUGCAUGAUAAGUUGGGUUUUGUUAAUGGUAGAACAAUUGAUCUAGAUUUUAAAUGUGAUCUGACCAUACCAACUUGUGCCUUUUAAACAUAACCAAGACAAGUGUUUAAUACAAUUAUCAGGUUAUCAUCUUCUUCUGCUGAAAAACUGUGGAUCUUCUGAUGGAGUGUUUGAGUUUUUGUUCCAUUAUAAUUUCUCCUCUCAGUGGUUGAAGUGUUUUACCUGCACUUGGUGCAGUAUGAACUCAUGAACUUGAGGAAAUGUUCUAGAAGAAAAAAGGUGGAUGUCCUCUAAUCCUUUAAGGUAAUUGCAGAAAGACGGAAAGAAAGCAAUGUACUUAUGUUCAAUUAUUCCCUGACACGUUUUGCCAAUUAUCCAGAGGAGGUAAAUCACUCAAAUCGCUAUAUUAAAAGGCUGUGACAUCCAGCUAACGGAUUAAUUCUUGGCAUCCCUGCCUUAUGUGAUUUAGACUUUGAGUGGCAGAGCUGGGAGCUGUAUAAACUGAACUUCGCCUUUGGUUAUCUAUGUUGAGCUGACACAUUAUUCACAUCAUGUGUGAAACAUGGCUAAAAAUAAUUAGCUCUUGAGAUAAGCUAAUGUGUUAAAGUGUUUUUUGUCAACCCACUUUUAAGAGUUGGAACCAUUCCUGUCAUGAUCCAAGGACAAAAUGUGUACUUCACUAUGUACUGUCCCUGCACACUGCCAAUUUCAUCAAUCUAUGCUCCCCUUUCUAGUGAGUGUUUAUGUGUGUAUUAGUCUCAGAUAAUGGGUUGGAUUUUGCAACUGGGUUGAACUUUAAAUAUUGCCAAAAUUUAGGUUUCCAUAAUGAAAUGUCCUGACUUUGAAAAUUACUGUGAUUAUGUUGCCAUGUUUUGAAAGCAGGUGAGGAAAGAAAUGUUGGUAUUGUAUUGGACCUCAUACUGUGCUCGACUGUGGGAAUGACUGGCAUUACUGCACUGGAUUUAUUCCCCAAUUUGUUGAACCAUUGUGUGUCAAGUCUCAGCACUGGUGAAGCUCUGUUUUCGUAGAGUAGAAGUAUUGUUUUUUUUUCCAUUGUGAUGUUCGACUGUAAAUAAACUAACUGUACGUGAUCUCA